GUUGAAAAGAGGAAAGACUGAAACGUCAAAAGUUUCCAAAUGUUGAAAAGUCUGUCUGCCACAAGAGGAAAUUUGUUUGGAAAGUUAUUUUGUGUUAGAAAUUGUGAAAAUAAUCGAUUUUAAAGGCUCACAAUUUGUGCAGCAUCGAAAGUUCUUUCCUAAAAGUAUGGAUUCAACGUAGAGGACCAAAGGGACUGGUUACGUGCGACGAUUCCUCCUGGUGAUCUGGGCUGAUCAAAACAAAAUGGAUCCCAGCGGUGAUUACGAUUUCAGCAGGAUCUGUCGCUCCUGUCGAAAGGAGGACCACUAUGCACAGUCUAUUUUUGAUUCCGUCGGCAGCAAUGGGGUCAUGUUGCAUCAAAUGCUGGCAAGCUGCAUCCACAAGCAGAUUAACCAAAACGAUGGUUUACCGGAGCGUUUGUGCCAGAAAUGUGUGUGGGAUGUCACGGCCGCAUAUGAUUUUCAACAACGGUUUGUUGAAAGCGAUUCCCUGUUGCGAGAAUACGCAUCCCGUCGUAAGGUUCAUCCUGAUCCCGCCUCGGACGAUUUGACCAUUGACGGAAAUAUGGCGGUCAAAUUGGAGGUGAUUGAUAUUAAGCAGGAGUUUCCAUUUGGUGAGCUGGAUCCUCUGCAGGAACAGCAUGAGAGGGACCAGAUGCAACCGGCUGUUUUGCAACCAAUCGCCGUGAUGGAUGUUGACGAAGGAGAGUACAUGGAGGCGGAUGUGGAUCCGACUGGGUUCGAUCAGUACAGCGAUAUGGAUAACAGUGCGGGGAAGGAGAGUUCAGAUGAUGAAGACAGUAAGCCACUGAUGUCGUUGAUAUCGGAGGAGAGUAAAGCUGAAAUGGAAAGAUUGAUUGCGACCGUCGUAGCACAGGCAGGUGUGACACUGGACGCCAACUCAACGACCUGUCCAAUCUGUUUGAAGGAAUUUCCAAGGAAAUAUCAUUUGAAUCGUCAUAUGCGCUGCCACGUGGACACUCCGCAAUUUGUUUGUGAACUCUGUAAUACAAGUUUUACACGACGAGAGCAUCUCCAUCGUCAUAUGAAGACCCAUGAUCCAUCAGAGAAAAAAUUGCAGUGCCCGCAGUGCAAUAAGCGAUUUAUCCGGAGGGAUCAUAUUCGGGCCCAUUUAAAAACUCAUAACAUGACGCCGGAAGGAAUCGAAGAAGUAAUGCAAUCAUUCCCGAUAGAAGCUACGGAACGAAAACGGGGAGACAAGGAUGGUGAUUCGGGAUCGACAGGUCCUAAGGAGUGUCAUGUAUGUGGCAAAAAGUUCAUGCGAGUACUUCGUUUGCGGCAGCAUAUGUUGGUCCACGAGAGCGAUAUCGAGUGUGAGCAUUGCGAUCAAAAGUUCGCGGCUGUGGCCUAUCAGGACUACAAGAUCCAUAUGGAAGCGAAUCACCCCGGGCUACCGGUACAACCAGAGAAAAUAAUUGAGGAUGAUGGUUCAGACCGUCCGUACAAAUGCGAUCUGUGCGAUCGGGCAUUCCAUCGUAAGACUCAUCUGACUCGUCACAUGACCAUGCAUGAAGCAAGCCGACAGUUUGAGUGCAGCGUUUGCCAUAAAGGAUUCAACAGAAAGGACAAUCUCCAGACCCACCUGAAAAUGCAUGUUAAGGAUGGUGUGUUGAUGGAAGAGCAGCUGCAGCAAAUAGUCGAAGAGAAAGAAAGGGAAGUGAAAUUGGCUGUCGCCCGAGGUGAGAAACUCAAGAAGGACGGCGAUGAUGAGUACGAUGACGAUGAUGGCAUAGAUGACAUCUUUAAGAAGCCGGAAUUGGCGGAAUCGAUGAAACGAAAACAGUGUCCCUUCUGCAGUCGUACUUUUGGCCGGUUCUAUCACCUCAAGCGGCACAUGAAGCUGCAUGGAAUUGGAGUGGAUCCAAACGAGAGGGCCAAAGACGACCUCGAAGAUAUAGAUGACAAAAUGAAAGCAAUUUGUCGCAUUUGCGAUGCCACAUUUGAUAAAAUAGCGCUUCUAAGAAACCAUCUUCGUGACCACAUGAAACCCGAGAGCUUCAACGAGCUAAAUAUUCGUUCAAAACCGUACUUGUUUGAGGAAGGCUUCAUCGCCGAAAACUAUGUCGAAUAUCUGGUGCAGAAGGUUUGCACGUGGAACGUUAACCGUUUGUACAUGAUCAUCGAACCGGAGGGAGAGGAAUUGACUCUCAGUGAUUCGGACUCUGAACCGGAGGAAGGCGAACCGCCUCUUGAAGGCAUUAUUCGUCGGGAGCACACAUGUUUGGUAUGUCAUCAGACUUUCCCACGAAUCAAGCAGAUAAUGGAACAUGCCCAAAGCGCGCAUCAGACGGAAGAAUUGCUGAGCUGCAUGCACUGUUCCCGUACGUUCCCGAGCAACGAACUUCUGCUGCGCCAUUCCAAGCUACAAUGCGAAAAUCAGCACAAAAAGUUCUUCUGCAACUUCUGCGGCGAGCGGUUCAUGUGGCAGAACAGCCUCAGCAGACACACCCGGCAAAAGCACGAUCAGAAGGACCACAAGUUCUUUUGUGAAGUGUGCCAUCGAGGGUUCGCCCGGAACGAACAUCUGCUGCGCCAUUACCGGGUGCACGAUCCGUCGGAGAAAAAGUUCGAGUGUCCCCACUGCCAUAAGAAGUUCAACCGAAAGGACAACCUCCGGUCGCACAUCAAAAUCCACACGCGGGGUCCGAAUGAGGUUAAGGAACCGACCCAUCUGUGUGUACUGUGUGGCAAGAGUUUCACCACUUCGUUCAACUAUACCGUGCACAUGCGGAGACACACCGGAGAGCGGCCGUACAAAUGCGACAUCUGCGGAAAGGGCUUCCCUCGAACGCUCGACAUGCAAAGUCAUCGACGGACGCAUACUGGAGAAAAACCUUUCAGUUGCGAAACUUGCGGGAAAAGUUUUUCAAGGUCCUGCCGUUUGGUUCUUCACAGGAGAGUACACACCGGAGAAAAGCCAUACAAGUGCACCUACUGCGAAAGGGCAUUCGCACAACCGAACGAUCUUACGCUGCACAUCCGGCGGCACACGGGCGAAAAGCCGUACGUAUGCGGAAUCUGCAACGAACGGUUCAUCCAGGGGACGGCGCUGCGGGCCCACCAGCGAACCGCCGGUCACUACGAAGAACGCAAAUAUGAACGUUACACGCUGGCGUCACAAUAGUUCGAUUUUAGUGUUUGUGUAUUUUUCCUCUAGGCAUAAUGUAAGUGUCCCUCUACAUAUAACUUAUCGUAAAUGCUUUACAAUUGUGGGAAGCGUGAGUCAAGCAUGGCAUUUGGAGAUGACCUCCUUCGAAAUUAACUUUUUAGGAUGUCCUGUGAUCGGUUUGCGUUGAAAGGGCGAUACAAUUCUAUGGCGACUUCUGAAGCAUUUCACAGAAGCUGUGAGUAAGAAUUGUUGUUGUCUCUUUUAAAUGGUCACUUUACUUCUGAUUCACGUGUGCAAGUGGGAGUAUCAGCGUGAUAAAUUGACUAUAAUAAAGUAUUCAAAGACAUCACAUAUAUAAAUAUCUAUCGAAUAUUGCUGCUUCAGGCAUCGCAGAUCUGUA